UACAAUUAGAAUAUUUUACUACAACAAGUGAAAGAUUCAGCCAAAACGUUCGCCGGUAUUGAUGUGAUGGACCGAAUGGCCUGUUUUGCGCUACACAGCUGUUAAGAGAAUAGGGAUGGAAAUGAUAUUGACAGUUAUGACUCGGGCUGCAGUUUCAUUAGGUUUCCUCUUCUGGGAUGGUGUUAUGUGUACGAUCUGCCCACGUAUGCGCGGGAUCUGAUAUUUCAUUUUUAAAAUCUGAACGAAAUACAUUCAUUUAUUGCAUGCGCUUACAGGGAACGUGAUGGGCGGGGAGCUGGAGGCGGGGUUUAUCCUCUCGGAGUUUCAGUGGAAUUCCCAGCACUGGAGUGAGCUGACAGGAACUAUUCCCAGCUCUCUCUUUCUGCCUGCUUCGGCUCCUGAGACUCUCUUGUGAGCACCGCGGCUGCAACGAGCCUUGCGUUGAACCACGGGACGGGGGGAAAUAACCGGGCGGUGCUGAACACAGCGCCUUCUCUUCGGCAUCUGGAAUCAGCAGAAAGCCUGAAUAUUGGACUCAGAACUGAGCGAACCUCUCUCAUUUAAAUGAAACAGCUCCCAAUUGCAGGCAGGUUGAAAGUGUCAGCGCAGAAGAUGGGUUGCCAGAAGGGAGAACGACUGGCGAACUGCUUUGCAGAAGUUCAUUGGAAUAAUUAACAAGGAGAAUCAAAAGAUUUUUUUUUAAGAGAAACAAAAAACAGCAGAGGAUAGUGUUGAGACUGUUCGGGACAAGGAACGGGAGGAUGUCUUCAAGUCUAACUUGUGCCGGGGUGCUGUGGGCCGCGCUGUCGCUGAUGUGUGCCGCUGCCUCCUGCACGGGGUUCUUCAUGCCUUACUGGCUACUGGGCUCCCAGCUCGACAAGCCGGUCAGUUUCGGUGUCUUCCGCCGCUGCACUUACCCGGUGCGCCAGGACGGCCAGCCGCAGUCGGUGGUGAUGGUGGAGCAGUGCGGCAGGUACGCUUCUUUCCUGGGCAUCCCCAGCCUGGCUUGGAAGAUCUGCUCGGUGGUGACCGGCGUGGGCUGCGGUCUGCUCCUGCUGGUGGCGCUCACUGCCAUCAUGGGCUGCUGCGUCUCCGAACUCAUCUCUCGGACCGUGGGCAGGGUGGCUGGAGGCAUCCAGUUCGUGGGAGGUCUGCUGAUUGGCUCAGGUUGUGCCCUGUACCCUCUGGGUUGGAACAGUGAAGAAGUUCAACAGACUUGCAGCAACCUCUCAGACCAGUUUGAGCUCGGUUCAUGUCAGCUGGGAUGGGCCUAUUACUGUACCGGAGGAGGAGCAGCAGCUGCAAUGCUGCUCUGCACUUGGCUGGCUUGCUUUGCUGGUAAAAAACAGAAACAAUAUCCAUACUGAAACCCCAAAUAAGGACAAAGAAAUGAUUCUGAGCAAGAGAGCUGUGGAGGAGUAAAGUUAAAAGCAAAAUAUUUUCUGGGAACUUUUCCAAUGUUUCUUCACUGAACUUGCUCCUAAUAGCAUUCUACAUCGGAAGGAAGGAGAAAAUUCCAAACUGAAAAUGAAUCUGAGUGGAAGACUUCUGGCUGGUGUUUUUGAUAUUUUUUUCUUGUUAUGUGCUUGUUUCUAGGAAGUAUGGCAUCAACGUCUUUCAACUUUCUAAAGAGGAAGGAAAGUCUUAGGUAAAUUGUCUUUGUUCAAAGUGCUCCCUGCUCAAACUUAUCCCAUUUAAUAAAAUAGCCAAAGCAUAAAAACUGGUGUUGCUUCAAGUAUAAGUGGAACCCCCUGAGGGAAACUUUCCUGUUUGAUCAGACACUGGAGGCAUCUUUCAUGGGGAAUAUCCUGAGAUGGCUGCAUUGUAAAGAGCAUGAGAGCACAUGAGUGUUUACAAAACAGCCUGGGCCGAUGGUCCUGGGGCAUCUACCAAAUCAGUUCACAGCCAUAUCCGUUGCUGUUCACAGGGAACACCCUCCAUCAAUGGAAAGGCAAUCAUCGUGCUAGCAAUAAUAUUCUCAAUUACUUUUAAAAUGACGAGUAUUUAAAUUCGUCUGAUAAAAGAUGGAGCACUUUGAAUAAAAUUUACUCCCCUUAGACUAUUCUUUGCCUUUAAAUAAGAUGUUUCAAGGACCAAUUUUACUAGUAAAAGCAAUUUUUUUUACUUAUCUGUACAUAAUUUUAUAUGUAUAAUUAUAUAUUUGCGCACACGAACACAAACACACGACACUCGCACAUUUCCACUUUGGGGGAAAAACAUUGUGUUUGACAAAAUUAAAUACUAGUAAAUGUACUUAAUAGCAAUGUUUUAUAUCAUAUAUCAUGUUAUCAGUUCCAGUUAGACUGUAUUCAAUAUGUAUCCAAUUCUGUAUAUAUAUUUGUAAGGUACAAUUUUGUCAGUGUUGUUGCUGUUACAGUAUACAGGUAACAGUACCUUUCUAUGCAGAUAUGUAACCGAUCUUCUAAGCAACAAAACAACAUAUGAUUUAGGACUGGACCCUUCGCUCCCUGCCAGAGGAGGGCUGGGCUAGACUGCCAGCAGAUGCUUUCCAACUCUGCCAUAAAUUUAACCAGUGUUCUAAGUUCAGAGGAAAGUGUUUGCUUCAGCAUCAACAAGUGGGAAGAUCCUGUCCAUCCCUUCCCCAACACCACCACUGCAACAAGGAAACUUGCAAUGGUUCUGCGACAAAACUGACACCAGGACACUGGCAGAAAUCAAGGGAAGGUUAAUGUUAUGCCUCAGUCUGAGCUAGGGUAGACACAAAUGUCCUAAAUGGAAGGAUGAUAUCCAGUCAGAGUCAUUUUCAUCCAAUAAUGAUCUGGCUGGGGGCUGCUCAGUUUGGCCUAGACCCUCUUAAGCUGUGGCCCAACUCCAGUUAUCGUAAUGUGGAGGAUUGGAUCAGGACAGUCAUAACUAGGUGGGGAGGAAAGUCCAGGAUUGGACAGGAAGGCAGUGGUAGUGUCUCAUUCCUCCACCACUCCCUCCACUAUCCCAAUCCAUUUGAGGUAGGGGAAAUUCUAGGUCUUAUAGUCUACUUACAACUUCAACAGCUGGAAGUUGUUCUACUUCUGAAGGGUCAGAAUUCAUGAGUUCAGUCAACUAGUUCACUUCAAGAAAAUGCAUGAAAGAAACCCAAUAAUCCUAGGGAUUGCAUCCACCUUAGUCCAGUUGUAAUGUCUGUGGGUUUCUCUUUUACCUUUGCAAGCAUAAGCAAAAAGGUACAGUUAAAUGAACAGAAUAUCAUUCAUUCAAAACAGAAACUCUAAACUGAACAGUAGUGUCUGGGUACAACAUUGUAUCAGAUUCAUACCAUGUAAUAUAAACUAGUUAAUAAACAGACCCUAUAUUCACACACAUUGCACUGAUCAAUGUGAAAGCAGAUGAUCAGAGUUUACUGUGUCAGCAAGUUUAAUUAAGUUAUAUUUGGUGGUCUACAAUCCUACUGACCACCAGAUGGUUCAACGGUAGUGUAGCGGUUAGCGUAACGCUAUUACAGCGACAGCAACCCAGGUUCAAUUCCGGCCAUUGUCUGUAAGGAGUUUGUACAUUCCACUACCCUCUCCCCCCCCGUGUCUGCGUGGGUUUCCUCCGGGUGCUCCGGUUUCCUCCCACAUUCCAAAGACGUAGGGGUUAGGAAGUUGUGGGCAUGCUAUUUUGGUGCCGGAAGCACGGCGGCACUUGCGGGCUGCCCCCAGAACACUCUAUGCAAAAGAUGCAUUUCACUGUGUGUUUCGAUGUACAUGUGACUAAUAAAGAUAUCUUAUCUGGUUUAUCUUAUCGAGAAAUAAGUCAUAGAGUCAUAAAGAGAUACAGCACAGAAACAGGCCCUUCAGCACAAUGAGUCUGUGCUGACUAUCAAGUAACUGUUUUCUUUUAACAUAAUCCCAUCCUAACUCAUUUAUUCUUCCUAAGUUCCAUCAAUUCACUUCUUUCCACCCCAAAUUCUACCACUCACCUGCAUACCAGGGGCAAUUUAGAGUGGUCAACUAACCUACCAACCUACACGUCUUUGGACGUGAGAGGUAAACAGCACAAACAGAUGGAAAACAAACCUGAAGGAAAGCCACACAGUCACGGAGAACGCGCCAACUCCAUACAGACAACGCAGGGGUCAAGAUUGAACCUGGGUCACUGGAGGUGUGAGGCAGCUGCUCUACCAGCUGUGCCACUGAGCUUCCCCAGGCACUCAAUGUCACUCCCAUCAUUAAGUCCCAGUCCCCCCCACUUGUAGCUCAGCCUCAGCCCCAUCUCCAAGCUCAGUUCCAGAUAUACAGCAGGUGCAGUGCACAGACUUUAAACCUGCAAAACAACUGAUUUGAGAGUCCAUCUACUGCUCAAUUCACUUCUUCCAUUUAGAUAGUCUUGUGAUUCUGAAAAGUCAGGGCUCAGCACUGUCAUUAUCCAUAAUUAAAUCACAAAUUCAGCAGUAACUAGAGUUUGGCAGCCUUCCGAAUCUGCUAAGUUCAUACCGAUCAAACUAAGAAACACAAAUGGAACCAAAUUUGCAUUUAAGUUAAUAGUUAAUGAUAACUGACCAGGACCCAGCAGACCUAUGGGGUGGAGGUCAGAAAUCAGAGUCCUUUUGCUAGGACAGGUGAAAUGUUUUUCUCUCAGAGGGUCGUGUAUCUUUGGAAUGAUGGUUCCAAUCGUGUCUCUGAUUAAUGAGGCAGGCAGGUGGAUUCUUGAUAAACCAGGGAGUGAAAGGUUACUGUGGGCUGGUUGGAAUGUGAAUUGAGAUUACAAUCAAAUCAGCCAUGAUCAUAUUAACUGGCAGAGCACUCUUGCUGUGUUGAGUGGUUUACUCUAGCUCCUGAUUCAAAUGUUCAAACAACAGUUAACACAGUUUGGAUUUAAGACUCUAACAGGACAGCUUGCAGGCUCAAUUUAAAUUUUAUGCCUGAACCAAAUUUUAAUUUUGGAUCCAAAAGCGAGAGAAAGUUGACUGGCAUUGAGAAUAAGUAUCCCUGUCGCAACCUUUACACACUUUCAAUGCUGUGAAAUUGAAAACCUAUUUGUAACUUGAAACACAAAGAACUUAAUUCAAGCAAAUUUCUGCCUAACAGCCUCAAGUAAAAUGUGAGCUGGGGUCACAAAAAAUGUGAGCUGGGGUCACAGUCGGUGGCUCUGAAACAUCCAGAUUUCCAGUCAACUCCAAGAGGCUGAAAGAGAAAAAGAGUUGAAACAGAAUUUGAUAUGUGUGCAGACCCAGUAUGAUCACUGCAUACAUUUUCUGGAUCAUGCUUAAAGCGUGCCAUGGAAGCACAAUUCCAAAUGCUUGCAAAAUAUUUAAUGUCUAAUAAAUGUUAAUGACCCAUAAUUGUAAAGUCCUAGACAGACUUCCAACCAUAUUGCUUUUACAUUCCAACAUCAUGAUUAAAUAUAUAAUAAUCAUUAAUUCUUAACAUAGAUGCUUCAUCUAUUGGCAUCAAAAUAGUGUUUGUUUUCCAAAAUAGAUUGCUGAUUUACAAUAUCAUGAUAUCAUUAAUCAAAGGCACUUAGCUUUACUUGUAUUGUAUUUACUCUCAAACAUCCUCCACACCCCAAAUGGCAGAAUAGGUGGAGGGUUGGCUAUUACUCUAAACAUCAAUGUGGCACCGGCACCCAAUUAGCUUACCAGAUGGUUAAUGAUUUGUUAAGAGAAAGCUCACAGCCCUUUAAAGCAAUGGAAGUGGAGAGAAUGGAGCUGGACACAGUGAGUUAUAAACCUGGGUAAUCACCAAAUUAGAGAUUGGGAGUUUAUACGGUAAACAAAUAAAAUGACAGUUGCUGGAAUCUGAAACAAAAACAGAAAUGCUGGAAGAAUGCAGCCAUUGAAACAGCAGCUGUAGAAAGAGAAAUCAGUUAAGGUUUCGGGUCAAUGAAGCUUCCUCAGAACUCAUUGACCCGAAAGAUUAACUGGUUUCUCGUUCCACUGAUGCUGCUUCACUGACUGAGCUCUUCCACCAUUUUUGUUUUUAUAUAGGAGAGGGUAGUUCACCUAUGCAACAGUUUUACUUAGUAAGGACAGGGAAAUUAGCUCCAAUGAAACCCCUUCUUAAACAUGGGCAUCAGAUGUUAUAUUCUGCAAAUGGAAGCUUCUAAUCAUAAGCAUAUUGAACCCGGUGAGGGGAGGCUUCACUGACAUUGACUUCAGUGGAGAGGAUAUGGGGACAUGUAUGAAAUAACCAAGCUGGUACUGCCCAUAUUGCAUUGCCAUCAAACUUUAACUUAAUCACAAUGUGAAUUACAAAAACUGUCAACAGAAUUCUAACAUGUACAAAUGAGAGACAUUCAUAGUUUGACAGGACGGUGUGUUUAAAGUAUUUUUAAAAAACGAUGAACCAUGUUAUGGGAUAAAAUGAAAUGCGUUUUGUCAGCUGCAGCCUUGUCACGCAUAGUGAAGGCAAACUAAUUCAGUGGGGAGAGGGUAAUGAUGAGGUGUUAACUAGGAAAGACUCAAAUUAUUUAGUGCCUUUUAUGUCCGUUCCAAGACACCACAAAACAAUUUGCACCCAGUGAAAUGCAUUGCUGUAACAUCGGGGACUGCCAUAUUUGGUCCUUUUUUGAUCAGCUUCCAGUGGCUGGAGUACCAUGGAGAAAAACCAGGCUGAGAUUGACCACGUCUUGGCUGCAGUUACCAUAUGGGUUAAUGGAACAAAUGAGAACAAAAUAACAAACAUGUGCAAACUCACUUACCAAACUAUUCAAUGUUGUCUUCACACCCCCCCACACCACCCCCCCCCCCCCCCACUGCCCUCUACUGAUCAGUUAGGUACUACUGUGGAAAUAUGGAAUGAACAGGAAUGGCCCAUCACCUAACAUACACAGUAAAGAGGGUGGCCACAAUAGAUUUAUGGAUGUGAGUAAUUGAGGAUUUCUGCUAGGUGUGGCUGCACAGAGAAACUAUGUACAUCUUCACGUAACAUCUUCACCAUUAGCAAACUUUCCAAACUACCCUUUCAGGGAACUUCCAGGCUGCGUGCAAUUCAGAAUGUACAUUCUAUUCCACUGACUCCACUGUCAUUGUUGUCACUUCUAUUCUGUAUCUCUUCCAAAUACAAUUUUUUCUAUGUUAAUAUUCUGCAAUAUAUCAAUGUACCUAUUUUAUUAAAUGAUCAGUUUGCGAUAAGUGCCAUCUACGUUUGCUCAGACUAUUAAAAUUCUAGUUGCUCUCA